GUGCAGUGAGACACACAUCAGUUCAGAUCAGAGAGACACAGAAGUGAGUUGAGUGUGUGUAGUGUUGUGUUGUGUUGUGUUGUGUGAUAUUCAGAGAAAUGUUGUUGAUGUUUGGACUGAUGCUGCUGAUGUUCCAGAUGAUCUCAUGUGAGGAUCAGAUGUGCAGGUUUAAUCAGACAGAAAUCUGUUAUGCAGUUCUGGGACACAAACUCUCUCUGCAGAUGGUUCUGGAUCCUCAACACUAUGAAGCAACAUUAAAACAUCACAAAACAGGCGACAAAACAGUUGAUCCAACAUGUAAAAUUAAAAAUGACACGAUUAAAGAGAAUACUUGUGAUCUUUACAAGAGCAGAUCUGAUGUCAUGAUCAUUAAUGGUACUGUGAUUAUAAAUCAUGUGAUCAGAGAAGAUUCAGGCAGAUACACAUUAGUACUUACUGACUCGACUGGCUCAGAAACAUCUGCAGAACUUCAGAUGAAUGUUGAAGCUCCUAUUGGCUCAGUGAAAGUGUCAGUCGACUGCAGGAGUGGAGAGAGGCGUGUGUUCUGCUCCUCUGACGGGGACGAGCUCAUCUUCAGCUGGACUCUCAAUGGACUUCCACACUCAGAUGGAAAUGACACCAUUGUUCUGGACGAUGAGACUUCUGGAAACAUCAGCUGUGGUGUGAAGAAUCACGUCAGUCGUGGAGAGAAGAGCAUUACUCUCAACUACUGCACUGAAUCAACGACUGUCUCUGUGACCUCAGCACUGACCAAUAGCACGCUUGUGUCAGCAUACGGUACGAGUCUCUCUGACAGUAAUCUCACCUCCCCACAGACACCUCAGUCAUCAUUAUGGAAGUAUCUACAGGAUGGUCUCAUUGUGUUGGGUUGUGUUACUGUGAUUCUGCUUGUGUUGUUCAUCACAGUUUAUCACAUUUACAAGAGGAAGAAACAUCACAAGUCAACAGCAGCAUCUCAAGCUGGUGUGGAUCUGAUCUAUGCUGACAUCAAUCACAUGAAACCCAACAGAGAACAUCAAGAGAAGACAGCAGCUGUAGAUGUUGAAUAUGCCGCCGUGGGUCAUCAGACAAACAGGAAACAGAGAAAAGAGAAGAAAGAGAGAAAAGAGAAGAGGGAUGAAGAGCUUCAGUAUGGUGAAGUGACGUUUACUCCAACCGGCUCAAAUAUUCAACAACAGCGGAGGUGUGAAGAACAGGAUGGAUGUGUGUACUCUCAAAUACAAACACACAAACAGAAACAGUGAAACGUACACAAUGCAUUUCACAUCUGGAAGAUUUAUUUUCCUUAAUGAUUUUGUUUAUUUUGGAUGUGUUAUGAGUGUUGCUGUAGUUCAGUGAUAAAGCGUUGUGUUCAUGAUAAAUGACAAAUGUGUAAUGUCAUGCAUGUGAUUUAUAUUUUGAAGGUUGAUGAGGCUGAUAUUAUUUGUGUGUUUUGUUUAUCUAUAUUUGGGAGUGCACAUUUGUCCUCACUAGCACAGUGAACUAUCAACACACGCGGGAAGUCCUGUUACUGCUCCUCACUAAAUAUUGUAAUGCUCAAGAAUCAGUCUCAUGUGUGAUGGAUGGGUUACGGAUUGAGGGAUAGAAUGUAUCAAUAGUCUGUGUGUGUGUGAUCAUGAAGUGUGUAUAUUUCUGUGGUUCAGUGGUAAGAUGGUGACAAACGGUCUUAAGAAAGAGCAGAUCAUUUUAAUUCUUCUUUUCCUUUAAAGCUGAACUUCCUCUUUCAAGUGUUAAACUUACAGCAGUUUCAGAGAAGAUCUGAAUAAGUCAUGUAUUUGCGUUCAGACAGUCUUGUGAUUUCAUAUUCAUGUGUGUAAUAUAUUUAUGACUUUAUAAUUGAAAUGAAGAACAAAUAAAUCUUGUUUCUGCAGGUAAACUGGAGUUGUGUUUACUGAUAUACUGUUCAGAUUUACAUUUAUGCAUUUGGCAGAUGCUUUUAUCCAAAGCGACUUACAUUUCUUUAUCCUAUACAUUUUACAUAGGUAUUUGCAAUCCCCUGGGAUCAAACCCACAACCUUGCGUUGUUAACGCAAAUGCUCUU